AAUUCUCACCCUUAUUCCUUCCCAGCCCAACAUAUAACAAUCAGCUAGGUCAUAUUUCACACAACUCAGUCCGGGCCUUUCCGUCGCUCCCAAAUUCGGAGCUUUCAAAAAAAACAAAAAACUCCCAACUCGGAAACCAGUGUUUUCUAUUUUUUAAUAUUAAAAUCUUCUUUUUUCUUGAAAUAACUCUUCUUUGAAUUUUUGUUUACGGCCCCAAUGACUCCUUACGACCGAAGAUAUGGCGACCCCCAAUCUUACCGUCAGCGUAGAAGUGAUUUUAUGGGCCAACCGCCUCCGGUAGGUCCAACUACUAUGGGUCCAGGAAUGGCCAUGCCUUCCUCUUACCCCCGCGGCGGACAAAUUCCUUACGGUGGCCCUCCUACAGCGCACCCUCCGUCUUUUCAUGGAAGAGUUCACGGGCCCGUCCGAGGUCAAGGGGAUUUCGAUUCGUACUCGAGCUUCCGGCCACCCGUGGGAAGAUUCGAGAUGGGCCGCGGUGGGGACAUAGGUCAUUCUCAUGCAGACAGGAGAAGUGAUGGGAUAAGAGGUCGUGAAGCCGGCCGUGGUGGAGGCGGUAGAGGCGGUGGUGGCCGUGGCGGCGGCGGAAGAGGUUAUGGAGGGAGGCACGGAGGGUCCUCUAGAGGGGAUUUAGACAAUGUUUCGCUUCCAAGGCAAAAUUUUGGCAAGUUGGUUCCUUUUGAGAAGAACUUUUAUAUCGAAAGUCCUGCAGUUAGAGAAAUGACAGAGCAAGAAGUAAUGUUUUAUCGUAGAACACGGGACAUUACAGUUCAAGGACAUGAUGUUCCAAAACCGAUAAGGAUGUUCCGUGAUGCCAAUUUUCCUGAUUACUGUCUUGAGGUGAUUGCCAAUUUGGGUUUUGUUGAGCCAACUCCAAUUCAAGCUCAGGGCUGGCCUAUGGCUUUAAAGGGUAAAGAUCUAAUUGGGAUUGCUGAGACUGGUUCUGGAAAAACACUGGCAUACUUACUGCCAGCAUUGGUGCAUGUUAAUGCACAGCCACGAUUGGUGCAUGGUGAGGGUCCUAUUGUAUUAAUAUUAGCACCUACGAGGGAGUUGGCUGUUCAAAUUCAAGAAGAAGCUGCAAAGUUUGCAAAUCAUGCUAACAUAAGGAGUACUUGCAUCUAUGGUGGUGCUCCUAAGGGACCACAAAUUAGGGAUCUUAAAAGAGGUGUUGAGAUUGUAAUUGCCACACCUGGUCGACUGAUAGAUAUGCUAGAAGCUCAAAACACAAACUUGAAAAGAGUGACUUACCUUGUUCUGGAUGAAGCUGAUAGAAUGUUGGACAUGGGGUUUGAGCCUCAAAUAAGAAAGAUUGUUUCUCAGAUUCGACCUGAUAGACAAACAUUGUACUGGAGUGCAACGUGGCCUAAAGAAGUUGAAUCUUUAGCAAGGCAGUUUUUAAGCAACCCAUAUAAGGUUAUCAUUGGAUCACCUGAUCUGAAAGCAAACCAAUCUAUUAACCAAGUUGUUGAAGUCAUAACAGAUCCAGAAAAGUACAACAGGCUAAUCAAAUUGCUGAAGGAUCUGAUGGAUGGGAACCGAAUACUAAUAUUCAUGGAGACAAAGAAGGGAUGUGACCAAGUUACUAGGCAGCUCAGAAUGGAUGGAUGGCCUGCCCUGUCCAUCCAUGGUGAUAAAAACCAGGCUGAAAGAGAUUGGGUCCUGGCUGAAUUUAAAAGUGGCCGAAGUCCUAUAAUGACUGCCACUGAUGUGGCUGCACGGGGUCUUGAUGUAAAGGACAUAAAGUGUGUGAUCAACUACGAUUUUCCUUCGAGUCUGGAGGAUUAUGUACAUAGGAUUGGUAGAACUGGUCGAGCAGGGGCUAAGGGAACUGCUUUUACCUUCUUCACACAGGCAAAUGCAAAGUAUGCUAGGGACCUUAUCAAGCUCCUGCAAGAUGCUGGGCAGGUUGUCUCCCCCGCAUUGUCUACAUUGGCUCGUUCUGCAGGUUCGAAGUUUGGAGGUUCUGGAGGAAACUUUCGCUCCCGAGGACGCGGCGGCUAUGGUAACCGGGCUAUGAUAUCAGGAUCAAAUGCUGUAUCUCUCGGUGCAAAGAAGAGACCCUGGUAGUUUCAGCCUACGAGUUGGUGCUGUGCUAUGUGCCCCAGGAAAAAAAAAAAGACCACUUGAGGGUUUGUUAAAGGAAAUUAUCCUAGUGUUGUGUAGGAUGUUUAGGUUUCACAGAUUCUAUUGGAUUUCAAUUCAGUUUAUUAUAUUAUGUUGUUAAGCUUUACAAAUAAACAGAUAGAAGAUGUUAGUUUGGCAGUUAAACUAAUUGUAGAUAGAUUGCUUCCUCACUGGGUUUGUGCAGUCUGUUUAACAAAAUCAUUAUACAAUUUCAGAAUAGAAAUUUGAAUUUGCAAAGA